GAACACUUUAUUGAGUGUUAACCCUGAAAAUUUCAACAAUUAACGUAUGUAAUAUUAAGUUCAAUUCCGUGACCGAGUCUAAAUGAUUCUUAGUCCAAACAAUCGGUUACUCCAAGCGAAAUCAUUAUAAAUUCUUUGUAUUUGUAUUAUUUAUAUUUAAACAAAAAAAGGAAGACUGGUUUUGAUAGUCGUGCAAUAUAAUUUGAAGACAAAAUUAGCAAGUGUUGGAAUCAUGCUGUGAACGAGAACACUAGGAAAUUUUAGUCUUAGUGGUGAAACAUAUUUGUUAGUGUUAAGUUAUAGUGUCUUUCUUGUUGCUUAUAAAGAGAUGAAAUAAUAAAGAUGAGUCCGAGCAAGCGUAGUCCACUUUGCGAUCUGAACGAGUCAGUGCGCCCCAUUUGCACCGUAACCGACAUGGAUCCCGUUCAGGAAGAGAAUGAUAACGACAGUGACGAGUCUUCGUAUUCAGAUGUGGCGCGACUCCGGGAGCGGACCCGAGCGAUGCUGGCGCCAACAGUGGAGCCACUCGUACAGAACUCACAUUCGCAGCCGAACAGUCGGAGAAUGUCGAGCGAUAUAGACGCCAAAAUUGCUGCUAAUUUGAAUACGAGGCGUCCUUCAGCAAUCAUAGCGGCGUUUCGUAGACCGUCGCAGGCGCUUGCUCUCUGUGCGGCCACUCAACGCCGGUUCCUCUCGGAACUGUCUCCUCACUCACGAACCUCCGUGGCUUCGGCGCACGAAACGCCGCCUUCAUCAGCUGAGAUACUGGGACACGACGCAUUAAGCAAAGCGUUGUCAGCACUGUACGCGAAGCUGCUGGUUGUACUCGGUCUGGCAUUCCCCGUGACGGAAGUCAUUACAAAUGGAGUGGCGGACACAUACUAUCAGGCGUUUUAUUUGUACUUAUAUUUAGUGUCGCUGCUCUUCGUGAUAUUUCAAUAUGGCAACAUAAUGCGUCAGAAGGCGGUCAAGAUGAUAAUUCAAGACCACGGUGGUGAUGACGGGGUUAAAGAUAAAGCUAUGCCGAAUGAGAAAGUAAAAUCAAAGGAAAUGCUUACUCGGUAUGGUAGCUUUUAUUUGAGACUUGGCGCGAUUGCUUUUGGAAUCGGCUCCAUGGUAUAUAGCGGCUUAGAAUUUGGUGAAUAUUUUGAGAUGACAGACAGAUGUCGCUCUGUGCUGUCCGCGCUGACUCCAUCGCUUCGGAUGGCAUUAACAUUAGCCCAGAUGCAGUUCAUUUUCCUCACAAACAAAGACAUCGAGUGUGGCGCGUACAAGUUCAUCCAAAGAUUCGGUUUCAUGCACAUGAUUGCGACAAACUUAUGCGAGUGGUUGUAUGUACUUGUUGCGGAGACGAAACAUGAGAUACACCAUCUAGAACAUUCUAUGAUUUCAUAUUCAAGCAAUAUAGAGAAUGACACAUCAGAAAUACAGUGUCGAAGAUCUAAUAUUAUGGGCACGCUACUACAGAAUGCAUCGCCGUUUCUAUUUCCGUGUACAAUUGAAUACUCUCUCAUAUGCGCUGUUAUUUUGUAUGAGAUGUGGAAAGAGAUAAAGUGCACACCGGAGGACUUUGAGAAGAAAUUCUAUCCCAAAAACACGUCACGUACAAAUUCUGUCACACCUGAAAAGAUUUUACAGCAAUUCGCUGGAAUGCUCGGUGUCAGUUCGCCUCAAGGAAGCCGUACCGCGCUGCAUCACUUUUCAGUAGACUGCUCCCACGCCCAUAGAGGCCUAUUCGCAGGAAUACUCCUUAUUGUAAUAACCAUCAUAUCUCUAAUUAUGUUCUUUGUCUUGGCAAGUAAUCCGAACACUGUAAAUGACGCAAUAUUUCAGGUAAACAUUUGUGAGCUGAUUCUCUAUACAUUAUCAUUUAUAGCGUGUGCGGUUGCCCUAACGCAAAUGAGAGCUUUGCCUUACAAACGAAAGUGUGAAGCUGUACUUGGGUUGGACACUUCUCUGUUGAUUCUGGCCCAGUCUGGAAUGUUCGUGUACUGCAUGUUCAGUCUGAUUGGCUGUCACCACACUCUGUACCACAGCAAGAGUUCUGGUCUCACGGGCUUCUUCUCAGAAUUCCUAUCUCUUAAUCAGACGAUCUUGCAAUCUCUAUUUAUUAUCGAUGCCUGGUGGCGACGCAGCUCUUCUUCAGAACACAGAAGAAACAAGCCUGGUCGACAGCUGGUCACCUUCCUUCUGGUAGCCAACAUGGCAAUGUGGGCUAUUAACACUUUAGAGAAGAAUCGAGCAGAGUUCCGUCCAGCACAUUUGGACUUCUACGGACCAUGGGCUUGGACUAUCAUCACACACGUGUCAAUGCCUCUCGCCAUUUUCUACAGAUUUCAUUCCACAAUUUGCUUGUUCGAGAUCUGGAAGAACAGCUUUAAGAACAAACCAAUUUAUUUAAAUGUCUGAUUUAAUAAAUAUUUAAAAUAAUA